CUUAUAUUGUCUUAAAAGCAUUAACGAACCUCUAAAAAUACGAUUUACCUUCGUAUUUUCCAGACUUUAUUUACGGCCUGGUUUUUACCAUCUAACUUAUUCCUUUAGCGCCUCAUAAAGAAAAAUGCAAUUCGUUGGCCGCUUAAAACACAAGGCGUAUCGAGACUUCCUUUGCAGAAACCUUUUUGCGAAACAUGAAGUUGAGCGUCAAAGCAAUCUUUAUAUCUACAGAAAUCCUGAGUUGCCUCUACGAGUUCGAUUAGAAGCCAAGAAGAGAAUUGAAGGUCUUCCAGAAAACUCACAUCCUACCAAAAUCAAGAAUCGUUGCAUCGCUACUGGCAGAGGUCGUGGUGUUUUUCGUGCAUUCCAGCUUGCAAGAUUUGCCUUCCGCUUAAAAGCUAGAGCAAAUGAAUUACCUGGUGUACGAAAAGCUUCUUGGUAGUUUAUCCUAUCUUUUCCGACGGUUUAGAAACAUGAUGCUUCCCAUCUCUUUUCCAUCUAGCUCAUUAACGUCUAUGCCUAUUAAUAAUUUUUCAAAUAAAACUUCCGCUUUAUAUAUUUUGGGUAUACAUAAGAUUAUUCAGAACGCCAAAGAUUCUGCUCAGCAGAAAUGACCGAUUUAUCUACAAUGCUCUCAGUAGAAAGAAUACUGCUUUCUGUGUUUGCAUUCCCUGUAGUAGAAUACUCCUCAGUUUUAUCUGUUUCUGUUUCUUCUUUCUUUGGUGACUCUUCACUUUCAUUUUCAUAAUCAUCAUCACUACCAUCAUUAUCGUCGCCGUUCUCUUCCUCUUCAGAUUCUUCUGUGACUUCCUCCGAAGUUGAUUCCUCUUCCUCAUACUCUUCAGAAUCACUACUUUCAUCGCUUUUGUAGAAUUCUUCUAAGGAUUGCUGACCAACGAAUCUUGGUUUGACAGCAGACGUCAAAUAAGGGUUUGCUUCUGUAAAUGUCUCAGAAGAAAGAGAUUUAACAUUGUCUGUAUUUUGAAAUGAAAAUGGCCCAGCGCUACUUAUUGUGUUAAUGUUCAUCUCAGUGUCACGGACAUCAUCCUGUGGUAGAAUAGAUACAUCAGCCCAUUCUGGAAUCGGCA